AUCCCGAGAGUGAGCGGGUCGAGCUGCCUCGCGGAGCAAGCUCAGGGAAGAGAGAGCAGCUGCUCUGGGGAAAGGGGGACAUUCGCAAGCUUCCCAGGCAGCGAACUAGCGCGCAGACAGCCCUACCCACCCAGCCCGGGGUUGCAGCGUCAGCGCACGGAGCGCCGCUGUGCUCUCCCGGGCAAGUUUCCUAGGAGUGUCCCUUCUCUCCACGGACACUGCAAAGUCUCCAGUUCUCCAACAGAUCUUUCCCUCGCAGCUCUGAAGUCCAAGUACUCGCUGGCUGCCGCGCAGAGUCCCGGGGCCGGCGGGCUGUGGUGGAGGGACACCACCAGGCAAAUGCCAGCAUCAGUAUGAGAGCCUGGACUUUAGCCCAGGUCGGUCCUCACCCCGGGGGGCCGCUGCUUUGCCCGGUGCAUCUUUGAGGAGCUGCUCACUUUUACCCCUUGCGAGUCUUUGUUCCAAGCAAGAUAUUACUCGGAUUUUCUAAUUAACUCCCUCCAUUCCGAAGGAGUUCGGAGGCUGGGAUGCCUCUACCUGCUUGAAGGAUGUUGACUCUUGAGUGGGAGUCGGAAGGACUGCAAACAGUGGGUAUUGUUGUGAUUAUAUGUGCAUCUCUGAAGCUGCUUCAUUUGCUGGGACUGAUUGAUUUUUCAGAAGACAGCGUGGAAGAUGAACUGGAAAUGGCCACCGUCAGGCAUCGGCCCGAGGCUCUCGAGCUUCUGGAAGCCCAGAGCAAAUUUACCAAGAAGGAGCUCCAGAUUCUUUACAGAGGAUUUAAGAAUGAAUGUCCCAGCGGGGUUGUUAAUGAAGAUACCUUCAAAGAGAUUUACUCGCAGUUCUUUCCACAGGGAGACUCUACAACAUAUGCACAUUUUCUGUUCAAUGCAUUCGAUACGGACCACAAUGGAGCUGUAAGUUUUGAGGAUUUCAUCAAAGGUCUUUCUAUUUUGCUUCGGGGGACAGUACAAGAAAAACUCAACUGGGCGUUUAAUUUGUAUGACAUAAAUAAAGAUGGCUACAUCACUAAAGAAGAAAUGCUUGAUAUAAUGAAAGCAAUAUACGACAUGAUGGGUAAAUGUACAUAUCCUGUCCUCAAAGAAGAUGCUCCCAGACAACAUGUUGAAACAUUUUUCCAGAAAAUGGACAAAAACAAAGAUGGAGUCGUUACCAUAGACGAAUUCAUCGAAAGUUGUCAAAAAGAUGAAAACAUCAUGCGCUCCAUGCAGCUCUUUGAAAAUGUGAUUUAACUUGUUAAAUACGUCCUCAAACAGACAAAUGUGAACGAUUCUAUCACACAAAGCUGGAGCUACCACUUUUAGCAUAGAUUGCUCAGCUUUACAAUGAGGCACAUUAUGCAAACAAGCUUUGUUUUAAUAUAAAGCAACCCCCAAAAGAUUUCAGUUUUCCAUUUAUAAAUCUGCAUCCUUUUCAUAAUGCCACCGAGUCCAUGGGAUGUUCUAAGUCAUUUCAUACCCUGUGAAUACUCAAAAGGAAUAGAAUCUGGCAUAUAGUUUUAUUCAUUCUUUAGCCAUGUGAUUAUUGAAGCUUUCACAUUAUUGGUGAUUUUAAAAUAUCAGUGUUUUUUGCUACUCACUUCUAUGUAUUCAGCCCCAGGAUUUUAAACGGUUUUCUAAAAUAGUAGCAUCUGUACUUAAUUUCCAGCUAUUAGUUUCCAUGUUUGAAUACUGUAAUUCCAGUUAUACUUUAAGUAAACAAGAUUACUAUAAUUGGGGGAAAACACACACACACACACACAUAGUCCCGGUUUCUCUGGAUUUGCUGCCUUCUGUUAAGAUAUUCAUUUAUCUGGCAUUUUUUAUAAUGCAAAACAAAUUAUCCCAGAAGCCCGCAUAUGCCUAAUAGAGCUUAUUUAAUAAGCACUUCUCAGUUUUUCAUAAUACAUAUUAUAGCCAAGGCCUACAUGAUAUAUGUAAUUUUGGAUUUGUUCAAUCCUAUAGGUUGACUGUUUUCUGUCACUAAGUGGAAGUCCAAGAAGGUGUGAAACAAAGCGAGGAUGUCCACAGGCUUAUGAAAAGGGUCAGGACAUCUGUCCUCUACUCCAUGGCAAUGCUUAGCAAGUUCAUUCUUAACCGCAUUCAAGGCCUAUUCCAUCCUGACUCCCUCCUGGCACCUUUACAUUAUGCGCCAUUGAGGGACAAAGAAAUCUCGGCUACCCCAAUGCCUACUAGAUACAAACAGCAAGCAGAAUUCACUUUGAAAGCACUGAUUCCAUUAUAUUAAGCACUAGAAUACCCAAAUUUAGUAGAAAAUGAAUAUAAAUGCUAAGCAACUCCUCUGGAUUGUAUUAUGAUUUAGCUCAUCAUAAAACUCCAAUUAUUCAGAUUAUUUUUAAUGACCUUAAGCCAAAAUCAUAAAGCUGCCACAGUAUUACUAAAGAUACACACACCUUCCUUGUUUUGCAGAAAUAUCACCAAGACCAAGAGGCUAGAGUAGGAGGAAAUUUGCAACUGUCUCUGCAACAAUAAAUCAGGUAUCUAUUCUGGUGUAGACAUAGGAUGUUGAAAGCUGCCCUGCUAUCACCAGUGUAGAAAUUAAGAGUAGUACAAUACAUGUACACUGAACUUGGCCAUCGCGUGUUUGUGUAAACUCAAUGUGCACAUUUUGUAUUUCAAAACGAAAAAAUAAAAGCAAAUAAAAUGUUUAUAACUCUA